CCUAAUUUCCUAUUGCAAAUAGCCAAAUAGAUAAGCAUCUACUCAACAAGAUCUGGUUGUGGUAAAAAUCUGAGAAUUCAAUGCACAGAAGAGGUAGAGGGGAUGCCGAUGUUACAGUGCAACGUCUCCCAUUAAUGACACCGAAUUAACCUUUUCCUUGCUUCUACCGUGCGCCUUUUUCUAAUUCCUUCUACCAUUCCCCCAUUGUUGAUAUGACGGAGUAUCUUUGUAUUCUAAAGCCCAAAGACAUCUGUGGAGGGAAUGCUAAGCAACCCAAUCUUCUAUAAUUACAGCGACAGUGAGCGCAGCCUCUAUAUCUGAGGAAGAACGGAGCUACUGGGUCAGUUGAAGGGGUAAAAUUGUGUUGGAUCAUCCGAGAUGGGGCUGAUUUCCGGGAUUCUGAUGGGGAUUCUGUUUGGAAUAGGAUUGAUGGCAGGUUGGAGACAUAUGAUGAGAUAUCGGAGCAGCAAGCGAAUGGCCAAAGCAGUUGAUGUAAAACUAAUGGGAUGCCUUGACAGGGAUGACUUGAAGAAAAUCUGCGGUGAUAAUUUUCCUGAGUGGAUUUCAUUCCCUGUCUAUGAGCAGGUGAAAUGGUUGAACAAACAAUUGAGCAAACUCUGGCCAUUUGUUGCUGAAGCAGCAGAGGCUAUUAUAAAAAUGUCAGUUGAACCUCUACUAGAAGAGUACCGACCUCCAGGAAUUUCUUCUUUGAAGUUCAAAAAGCUCUCACUGGGAACUGUGGCACCAAAGAUUGAAGGUAUCCGUGUCCAGAGCCUUAAGAAGGGUCAAAUCAUAAUGGAUAUUGACUUUCGGUGGGGUGGAGAUCCCAGCAUCAUUCUAGCAGUGGAAGCUCUGGUUGCUUCUAUUCCCAUUCAGUUGAAAGAUCUUCAAGUUUUCACUGUCAUUCGUGUUAUCUUCCAACUGUCGGAGGAAAUUCCAUGCAUAUCCGCUGUUGUUGUUGCUUUACUUUCUGAGCCAAAACCAAAAAUCGAUUAUGUGUUGAAGGCUGUUGGUGGAAGUUUGACGGCCAUUCCUGGACUCUCAGAUAUGAUUGAUGAUACUGUAAAUACAAUUGUUACCGAUAUGCUACAAUGGCCACACAGAAUUGUUGUUCCAAUCGGCGGCAUGGAUGUUGAUACAAGUGAUUUGGAGCUGAAGCCACAAGGGAAACUUACAGUUACCAUAGUCAGGGCUACUAACUUAAAGAACCAGGAAAUGAUCGGAAAAUCUGAUCCAUACGCAGUUGUACAUAUCCGUCCACUGUUCAAGGUUAAAACAAAAACUAUCGAUAACAACCUCAAUCCUCUUUGGAAUGAGACAUUUGAGUUGAUUGCAGAAGAUAAGGAGACACAGUUUGUUACCAUUGAGGUCUUUGAUAAAGACAAUGUUGGGCAAGAUGAGCGAAUGGGUGUUGCUAAGUUACCUUUGAAAGAUUUAGAAGCUGAAACCCCAAAAGAAAUUGAGUUAAAAUUGCUGCCAAAACUUGAUAUGCUUAAAGUCAAAGACAAAAAGGAUAGAGGGACCAUUACAAUUAAGGUGUUGUAUUAUGAGUUCAACAAGGAAGAACAGGAAGUUGCACUGGAGGAAGAGAAGAGGAUCUUAGAAGAAAGGAAGAAGCUGAAAGCAGAUGGGGUGAUUGGGAGCACAAUGGACGCCCUAGACGGGGCGGCAUCACUUGUGGGCAGCGGUAUAGGUGCUGGUGUUGGGGUGGUCGGUAGUGGUUUUGGAGCUGUCGGCAGUGGACUAAGUAAAGCUGGAAGGUUUAUGGGUAGGACCUUCACUGGGGGUAAUUCUGGAAGCAGCACGAAGAGUCAGAGGAACAGUACCUCAUCCACCACCACAGUGAACCCACCUGUUCAAGAAAAUGGUGGCUCUAAGCCUCUGUAGAAAACUGAAUAGCUCUUCUGUCACACUACUAGGCAUUUUUUAUUAAACGCUCGGAUUCACUUCAUCAUGUUUAUACAUUCUGUUCUGACUUCUCAAGUGUGUUGGUUUGCUCUCCACCCAACAUUGUACAGCAUUUGCUCACCUCCCUUCAUUUUUUUAAAUUGUUCUUGCCGUAAAUUCUAAUUUUGUGUUUUUGUCUAUUUCAUCUCAUUGAGGUGUUGUUUAUCAGGUGUAUUUGAUCAUAAACUCUGCAGUCCGCAAUAAAUUUGUACAACUUGCG